AUGCUUGGGGCGGCAGGCAACUCCACGCCACCAGUAGGAGCACCACGCGUCGGAGCCGCGUCCUCCUCAGUUGUGUUCGUGCCGCAGCGGCAGCACGACCUGAGCCCAGUUGCAGGUGUCCCGUUCCUCUCUCUUCUCCUCCCUCUCUGUCUUUCCUUCUCCUUAUUUCUCUCCCUCUUCUCUCUGCUUGACCAGGAGACCGAUCCAUGGAGAGGCCAGUGCAGCCCCGUCCUUGGAGCUUCACCUUCGUGGUCGGAAGUUGCAGCCUCGCCUCCAACCAGGGACACCAUCCAUGCCAUUCCCAACCAGCAAGUUCCCAGCGCCACCCUCCUUCCCGGUCUUCCUCGCCCGCCUCUGAAUCCGAUGGCCGCUGAACUCUGAACCCCAAUGUGAGCAACCCCCGUUUCUGAACUAUCGUGUCGGAAUGUGAGGACCCGUUCGACUAUGUCUGUUCAUCUGCUCCACGAAGUCAUUCUUCUUCCAAGCGGGAUCUCAGGCAAGAUGACCAUUUCCCCAGAUACCAUUACUAUCAUUGCCAUGAUAAUUUUAUCGUUUCUAUCGUUUAUGUCUCGUUGCCUACCACAUGUUAAAUAUCAGCCUCUCAACAAUGCCAUGAUUACCUUCAACCUGUUUGACCUAGCA